GAGAUGCUGAUCCGUCAGAGGAUCUGCUGCGCAUGCGCACAGCUGCCGUUCCGGGAGCCCAUUGAUUCUUGACAUCUUUUGCCGAGAAGUCGACCGAUUUUUCCCCACAAAACGGACGCGCAACCGGUAUUUUUUUCAUCAAUAUGACGUCACGCAUUGGCCACAAAGCUGCCGCCACCAAUGGGAGUGAUUUUAAAUUCAAAGAGAAGGUAACUUCACACUACCAAAUGAGCGCUUCCUUGAAAGCGGAGGUGCGGCGCUUGAACGUGAUCCACUCCCUGGUCUGGACGCUCGUGGCGGCCCAAGUGGCCGUGAGCCACUUCAAGCUGCUGUCGCACGACACCGUGGCCGUGCCCUACCAGUGGGAGUACCCGUACCUGCUCAGCGUGGUCCCCCUGCUCUGCAGCAGCCUGUCGCUGCCCAAGAACAACAUCAGCUACCUGGUCCUCUCCAUGAUCAGCGCCGGGCUCUUCUCGGUGGCGCCGCUCAUCUACGGCGGCAUGGAGAUGUUCCCCCUGGCGCAGCAGCUGUACCGUCACGGCAAGGCGUACCGCUUCAUCUUCGGCUUCUCGGCGGUGACCGUCAUGUAUCUGCUCAUGGUGGUGGCCGUGCAAGUGCACGCGUGGCAGCUGUACUACAUGAAGAAGCUGCUGGACUCCUGGUUCACCGCCACGCAAGAGAAGAAGAAGAAAUGAUUGUUUGAAAAAUGUUUUAGAUUUUGUUUGUAUUCAUGCAUGACUUUACAGGAAUAACUAUUGUUUUAUUCUGCUAAUAUCAUUCAUCUUUUUUUUUUUUUUAACUCUUAAGUAGAGCAACUUUAGUAGACCAACUUUAAAGCUAUUGCUAAUAAUUUAUUUAUGGAAUUUUAUUACCUAACUCUUGUAAUUUCUCGUGUCCUUAUGAUCUUUGUCCCAUUUCAUUGGAGAUUAACAAUGUUAAGUGUGUAUCUUCAAGCACAAUAUUAAUUUUUUGUAUUGUUUGUUUUUAUCCAUCCAGCCAACCAGCCGCUAAUCCUCACAAGGGUUGCAGGUGUGCAAAAAUGAAAAGAAUCUUAAUAUAUAUCAUAAUUCUAUGAAAAACUGACAUGAAAAGCAUGUAUCUGUGAUGUUAUGUGAUGUUUUAAAUCUCAAAAUUUAUUCAACUUGUCAUUUGGAUCAGCAUAGAAAUAAUGGAUGGAAUAUGAAUAUGGUACAUCAUUAUUUUAUGAGGCGGCACGGUGGAUCAGGUGGUAAAGCGUUGGCCUCACAGUUCUGAGGAGCCGGGUUCGGUCCCGGCCCUGCCUGUGUGGAGUUUGCACGUUCUCCCUGUGCCUGUGUGGACAUCCCAAAAACACGCGACAUUAAUCGGACACUCUAAAUUGCCCGUAGGUGUGAUUGUGAGUGCGGCUGUUGUCGGUCUCCAUGUUCCCUGCAAUUGGCUGGCAACCAGUUCAGGGUGUCCCACGCCUUCUGCCCGUUGACAGCUGGGAUAGGUUCCAGCACUCCCUGUGACCCUCGUGAGGACAAGCGGCAAAGAAAAUGGAUGGAUUAUUUUCGACAGUUUUUGUAGAAAUAUUACAUAUUUUUCCUCAACAUUUGACUACAUAUUCUUUCAUCUUUAUGACUUUUGCUGUUUUUUUGUUUUUUUUGG